CCGGAAACGCUCGUGUAGCUGGAUUCGUGUUUUUGAGUGUCGGCGCCUGAACACGCACAAACCAACACUCCCAGCUUUUUAAAUUUAAAACCAAGACUUUUGGAAGAUAAAAAAUCUUUGGAGAUGUUUUAUCACAUCUCUUUGGAGCAUGAGAUUCUCUUGCAUCCACGAUACUUUGGACCAAACCUUUUGAACACAGUCAAACAGAAGCUGUUCACUGAGGUGGAGGGAACAUGCACGGGAAAGUAUGGCUUUGUUAUUGCUGUAACAACAAUUGAUAAUAUUGGAGCAGGCGUUAUCCAGCCUGGCAGAGGUUUUGUGCUGUAUCCCGUCAAAUACAAAGCCAUCGUGUUCCGUCCCUUCAAAGGAGAAGUUGUGGAUGCUGUCGUCACCCAGGUUAACAAAGUUGGACUCUUUACAGAAAUUGGCCCCAUGUCUUGUUUCAUUUCUCGUCAUUCUAUUCCAUCUGAGAUGGAGUUCGAUCCAAACUCAAAUCCUCCAUGUUAUAAGACAGUCGAUGAGGACAUUGUGAUCCAACAAGACGAUGAAAUUCGACUGAAGAUUGUGGGAACUCGAGUGGAUAAGAAUGAUAUUUUUGCCAUUGGAUCUCUUAUGGAUGACUACCUGGGUCUUGUGAGCUGAUUCCUCUGCCAAGAAUAUGGAAAAUAUGAAACUUGAUGCUGUGGUGAUGCUAUAUCGUUUAUGUAUAUACUGUAAUUAUUUCCCCAUUCAUUUGAAGUUAUGUCUUUUUUUCCCUUUUUAUUGUUUUAUCCUCAUGGUAGUAUAAUGACAGAUUUCCCAUGGCAACAGUUCAGUUGUGAAACAGCAGCAAAUCACAUGGGAACAAAAUGUAGCUCAGCAGUGGCUCUAUGUGAUGGAAAGAUUUAUUGUAAGGAGAGAGAAGGGUAAAUAUCAUCAGUAGGCCUAUUCAGAUGUUGAAAAAUCCUGUGAGUAAAACCAUGUUAUGUUAAACCAUGUUAUAUGUUAAACCAUGUUAUGAAAGGUUAAAGUCAGCAUUCAUUACAUUGCUUUUAGAGUUCAUCUCAUUAUUAUAUAAGGUCAUUUUAAAAGUUUUUUUGUAAAUGCCAGUCAGCCUGUACUUGAAUAUAUUUCUUUUUUGUAAUACAGCACUCACAAAAUUUUGAA